GAGAGAGAGAAUGGGAGGGAGCGAUUCAGACAGGGAUGGGUGGCGGAGCAACGCCGACACGCACAAGAUGCGGCCGGAGGACGUGAAGGCCCAGGGGGUGGAGGCCUCCAAGCGGCCACCGGGGCAGCACCCCGGCGGCGUGCUCCACCAGCGCCGCAACAUGCCCUUCAACCCCGCCGCCAUGGCUGUCGGCGGCUUCCUCAUCGUCGCCGCCAUCGGCUACUUCACUCUCUAUGCCAAGUCCAAGCCCGGCACCACGCCCAGCGAUGUCGCCAAGGCCACCGUCGGCGAUGGCUCUGACGGCAGCGGCGGCCGCGGAGCAUCCAAGUCCAAGUAGGCUUUUUCUUUGGUGUUUGUUGGACAUGUUUUGGUUUGAUCUUUGAUGGCAAGGAUGUAUUUGCCUAAGGAGUAAUCUGGUUAUAUUUUUAAUAUUGAUAUCAAUGGUAUAUGUGGUCACGUUUUCUUUUGUUUAUACUAUAUAUUUAACUUUAAAUAAAUUUAUGUUGCAGAUUUUA